GUAAUGAGCAAACAUUUAUAAAAGUCCCAUCAGCAAACAAGUACCAUGGAGAAGCUAGCAUUAGACAUCAGCUUCAUUUUCUUGAGCUGAUCAGUUAGGGGGGAGCUAAAAAGUGACAGAGAAUAAUGGAUCAGAAAGCACAUGCUUUGGUUGUUUUGAAAUUCCUGGUGAUCCUGAUAAUGCUCUGGUUUUCUGGAUCACAUGCAAUACGUUUACAGGUGCAAGACUGUUGCCUCAAAUAUUCAAAGGGAUCGCUUCCAUUUACGCGCAUUGCUGGCUAUGUGGAACAGAAGUCCAAUGAAGCUUGCAGAAUAGAUGCAAUUGUAUUGUAUACUGUGAAAGGUCGGUGGGUUUGUGCAAAUCCAGAAAAAGCAUGGGUGAAACGUGCACUUCACUAUUUAAGUGAGAAGCUGGAGAAAAUGUCCCAUAAAAACAAAAUUCCUCGACCUACAGCAGCAGGAGUUAACUGAAGUCCUAUUACCAUCUUACAAGGUUAUUGUACAAUUUCUUGUGACUGCUAAAUCUUAAGUGUUUUAAGUUUAUUAAAGCCAUUCUUUAGUAUUAGGUGCUGAAAUGACAUGUUCAAACUGUGUAUAUAUUGAUAUAGUUAUGACUAUGUUUUCUGAAAAUGAGAGGCUGCAUUUAAGAUUGAUAUCUGACAUAUUAUCUGCAAAUAAAGCGUUUCUGCAUUCACUGGCAAUACGUUGGUGUGAAGUUUCAGAGACGCUGAUGCCUUUGAAUGUUGGGGCUGAUGGAUAUUUUCUCUAGUUGGCAAUAGACAUUGCCUAGCAAUUUUGUGGUCUGAAUGUUACUUGCCUCAUAUCAGAAUGUCAUCUAGCUCUUGCUGAAUGUAGAUAUGAACUGGUUCUUUGUCUGAGGAGCUGAGAAUAAUACAAAAUAAUGUACAACUAUCAGAGGACUGCCCAAGAGGGAAUCAGUGUCAGUAAUCAAUAAGACAUUUCCUUGGCUGUGCUUGAUCUAAUUCGACUUCUUGGAGUCUGGUGUUAUUAGGUUGUGCUUAAUAAAAUCAACACAAUCUCACCGAACAGCCUUAUUUUGCCUCUUUAGGGACAGCCUUCUGAAGUAAGCGUCACUUAGGAGUUAUUUGGAUAGCAGUGAGCCUUCUCUGCAAAGACUGUAGGGGCUGAAUCCCUACCCACUGAUAAUUGGCAGCCAAACUGAGGAUCUGUUGAGUGGCCGUGCCACUGGUGAGUUGGUGGUUCCUGCUGGUACAACACCCAUGUAAUGGCAGGAUGGGCAUCACAGAAGUGGGUGCUGGUAUACUGAGGGCAAAGGGUGGCUCUCAGUGACCAUCAUUCCCUGCAACAUUCCUGAUGUCAGUUUCCUCAAUUUGACAGUAAUCUCUUUGAACAGGAUAUGCCUCCCCAGGUUCCCAGGAGUUACUGUGCACGUGUUUACUUGUUGUGUUUCCCAAAAGGUGAGCUGUUGCACAAUGUUAGAUUAAUAUCACCAGCAGUGAGGUAAGCCUCUUCACUGGAUAUUAACUGUCCACUUAAGGACUUCGAUUGAGAUGAGGCCAUGACAUUUCCAUGACACUUACCCCAGCAGACUGAAAUGGAGGGGAGGUGGGAAGGAUAUGGGUGUCAAUAGCUGCCACUCUCCCACUUGUUAAAAUGCCUUUUGUACAACUAAUCGUGCCAUUAGGGAGGAAAUUAAAUUAAAUGAAUAUUCUCAGGGACACACGCUCCGGACAACAUAUCACUUUGUUUUGGUGGGUCUAGUUUGCUGAUGGUAUUGAUGUAACCAAGGAUGGUGACUAUAGACGGACAUGUCUGCGGCAAAGGCUGUAUGAUAUGAUUCCGUGACAAUGACUAUGUGAAACUAUUGCUCAACUAGUCUAUGAGGCAGCUUUUUCAAUUUUGGCACAAGCCUCAAAAUGUUUGUGAGGAGUGUUUUGUUGCAUUGAACCGAUCAGAUUUUUUUUUUCAUUUCCAGUGCCCAGUUCAAAGUUGUGUUUGCUUUCCUGUUUUAAGCUUUUCUGCAGAGGUUUGAUACAACUGAAUGGCUUGCUCGAUCAUUUCAUUCUGAUGCUUCCUUAUAUUCCUAACAAGUUAUUUGUAACUCUUUAUUUCUGUGUAUUGCCGCAAAAUGUUACAUUAAUGUGUGUGUGUGUGUGUGUGUGUGUGAGAGAGAGAGAGAUUUGGUCAACAAAUUACAAUGCUGUUAUUUCUAUCAUA